CGUGCACACAGAUGAAAUCACCGGCAAACAAAACAAUAUAGAAUACUGGAAGAAACCGCAGUCGAUAUUGCGACUCAUUUGCAGUGCAAACUCCUCCGAAGCAACACAACAACCAAGAAUGGCCGAUCGUCCGUGUGCUGGCAACGCUCUCCGCAUCGCCGGAGCCGUCAUUCUGCCCAACCUGGGCGGCAUCUACAAUGGACGGCUGACCAGGAAGCACCUCCAGAACUGGUAUGCCCACCUCAAGUUCCCCUCUUUCAAGCCACCCAAUUGGGUGUUCGCACCCAUGUGGACAUCCCUGUACGCGGGCAUGGGCUACGGCUCGUAUCUGGUGUGGCGGGAUGGAGGAGGAUUCUCGGGCGAUGCCCAACUUCCACUGAUGGCCUAUGGCACCCAGCUGGCUCUGAACUGGGCCUGGUCACCGAUUUUCUUCGGGCAGCAAAAUAUUAAGGGCGGUCUCAUUGACAUAGUCGCCCUGACGGCCACCGCCGGAGCUUGCGGAGUUCUCUUCUAUCGCGUGAACAAGGUCGCAGGUUUGCUCUUUGUCCCCUACGUUGCCUGGCUGGGAUUUGCCACCGCUCUGAACUAUGCCAUCUGGAAACUGAACCCCGAAAAGAAGGAACCUGCGUUGCUGGAGGAGGAGAAGCCCUCAAGCAGCCAUGCAGGCAAGGCGAAUUGAGCUGGAAAAGGGCCUGGAAAUGUUUUAAAAUCUAUUAGUAAUUAAGUGUCUUUGUGCAUUCAAAAUGUAAUUAGUUAUCGGGAAAAGUUAUAUAUGUAGUACCAGGGAUGGUCAGUACUUGGAUAUAUAUCGAUAAGUGAUCCAGAAAAAGAGCUUUAACAAAGAGCAAGCUCUAUUUGAAAAUUGUAUUUGUAUUGUAAAAUAAAGUUGCUAAAUUAAUUAAA